GUGAAGGACGAUGAGAAGGAGGAUGCGGAAGAGGUGAAGGACGAUGAGGAGGAGGAUGCGGAAGAGGUGAAGGACGAUGAGGAGGAGGAUGCGGAAGAGGUGAAGGACGAUGAGGAGGAGGAUGCGGAAGAGGUGAAGGACGAUGAGAAGGAGGACACGGAAGAGGUGAAGGACGAUGAGGAGGAGGAUGCGGAAGAGGUGAAGGACGAUGAGGAGAAGGGGGAGGUUUCAGAAAGUUCCGCUGGCGGUGGUGCGGCAGCCUCCAGUGAGGCGGAGGUCUUUGAUGCCCCCGAUUCCUCCAACACGCACGGGGUCAGGGGUGCCGGGGUUGCGGUGACUGAAACGACAUCGUCUAUCGCUUCCACGAGGAGCAGCACGACUGGUGGGUCAUGGGCCGAGCAGGCGAGCGAUGUCCUCGCGGAGCCAGGAGAUACUCCUGUGAUGGUCUCUGCGUCUGCGUCCGCUCCAGCUGGGAGUGGUGCAGUGCGGUGGGCGUUGUUUGUCGACAUGGCCCCUUGGAAGUCGUACCUGCCUGCUGCUGAAACGGGCAUGGAAUGUGCCUCAUCCGGUGAAGCCGGAGACGACGCCUAUAAGGCAACUGAGGGUUUGUGGCGGAUGGCGCUUUGCAAGGCGGAUGGACGUGUGCUGGCCGGCGGCUCCUCUUUUUGCGGCUCGGCCUGCUGUUGUCAGGGCUGGUCUGACGUCAUUGUGGUCGUCGGUGAUGACAUUGUGGCGACCGCCGUUGUGUCCCUGGAGCUCCAGGCGCUGUUGCCUGUCGGGGUUGGUGCGGACGCCGGUGGCAAGAGGGAUAUUGCAUUUCCUUUGGAUGGUGGUCCGCAUGGGCCCAGCCACGGACGGCGGUGGGCACCAGUGGCCACUUCCGCGUUGUUACCAGUUACUAAGCUGCUGGUGUUUUCCGCAGACGCCUGUAUGUGUCCGGUAUUUCUGUAUGCGAGGGCGGCAGAUAACUCUGUUGCUGCCUCGGGUUACUUUCCCUUUCAGGCGGGUGAAGUGUUGAAGGCGCAGGCAACGCUAAACUGUUUGUCUGCCACAGUGGGCGCAUCUGACACGGCGGGGUGGAUGCAGGCGCAACAACGUGUUGCCGCUGAAUGCCAUGGGGAGAUGAUGCGCCUGGCGCAUGGUGGCCACUCUACAGAAGAGCAGCUCGCCGCGACGCAGCGCUCAGCCGCCGUGUAUUCUGUCGCACUGCAUGUAUGCUUUGCAGUAUUGCGGCAGCUGUGCUGCCACGUAGACGCUGGUGCGGCGUAUCCGCCUGUCGCGCUUACAAUCAGCGGCGGAUGUGAAUCAUUGCUUCAGCCAGUCUACGAAAACGACGAAGCAAACUGCGUUCAGCUCCGACAGCAGGCUCCUGUGAUAAGAUUUGACGCACGGGUACAAACUACACUGGACGAGGCACACCCGGUGUUGCUGCUGACAUUGCACAGUCCAGUCGCACAGGAAGUCGUACUUGGGCGGGCUGUGCUUUCCGUGUUUGACUUGCUGCUCACAUCUGCCGGACGUCUUUGGCUUCCACUCCGAAGCGACAGGGAAGUGGAUUGCGAGGAAGCCGACGGCGGCGGCAGCGAUGACCGGAGUUAUGCAGGAGAUUCCCAGCCUGUGGGGUGGAUGCACUGCGGCUAUGCGUGCAUCCUUCUCUCUGAAGAGCGCACGGCGUCGGUUGUGUCGGUGGCAAAUCACGAGUUACUUCAGCAGCCUCUGCUGCUGCCCGCACCACCCUCCGUGCCAAAGUAUUUGUCCUCUCCUGCCUUUAACUAUCCACUCCAGUGGAACUGUUUGCAGCUCUGCAUUGUUGAGGCAGUGGAUUUCUUCGGGGCGUGGGUGCAUUCUGGUAGAUGGAACCAAGCUAGUGGCGUGUACGCCAGAGCGAACGUGCUUCCACAGCCUCGUGCUGUGGCUUAUGCAGACACUUCCACGCUGACUGCUGCAUUCACAACGCCUGUCGUCGUCUCCAGCCACCCCCGCUGGGUGUGCAGCGACAACCUGGUUAUUGCUGCAGACACGACACAUCUUAUGAUUCGGCUCUUUGACGACAUCGGCGACGGCGCUGGUCAUCCGGAUGGGGGCACGGAAUGCCUGGGGUUUAUCGAUAUCCCGCGUGUCGCCUCCUCACGCUUUUGGACCACGCCCGCAGGAGAAGCAUGGCUGCCGAUUGUGCCGCCGAGGCGGAGGGCAUCGACGUGUUACCAUGGGGCGGUUCUCUUGCGGUGGGCAUUUAGUAGCCGGAACGAUCCGUCUUGGACGGCGUUGCAUGGCAUCGGUGCCAAUCUUUGCCCGAGCUGGCCUUCUUCCACGCAGCUCCAAUCACAUGGCAUGUGUUGGGUGCAGAUUGGACGUAUAGAAUUGAUGUGGACGUGGCUGCCGCAUUGCACUGCAUGGAGGACGUCCGCCGUGUCGGUAGCGAAGCGAGGUCCAGGUUUGUUUUUGCGAUUGAGGGCAGGUUAUUUCACGCACGAAUUGCCCUUGAGGCCGUCCUGCGCAGGAGACUGUUGCAUCGCUGUACGUGGGACGGUAUGCCUCCCGCUCACCGACCAUGUUGAGGUGGACGUGUGCUGCUGCCACGACCCCAAUUCCACGCCUGCUGCCUCUGUGUUGUCGUCUCUGCCCUUUUUCUCCUCGGAGGCAGCAUCGAAGGCCGUUGCUGUGGUUGGAGGAGGGGAGUUGCUGCUGUCGGAUGAGGCGAGGGAAAAUAUUGCUGCUCACCAGAGACCACAUCAGGCUGUAAUACGGAUUGAACCCCGUGCCAUGUACCCGCCUUGCACUGCUCAGAUGGGCCUAUUGACGGCGCAGCUACACGCCGUUCGUAUUGCGCAACAGAAAGAAGUAGAAGCCCACCAGCGCCCACAAUCGGCGCGGUGGACGUGGCCGCCUCCACUUCUCUCCACAGUCGUAGAGUUGCGUCUGGGGGGAGUUGUCGUGAUGAAUGCCCAUGUACCACUCAUCCUCUCAAGCCGCACGCUGUCGCCGCCGCGCUGGGUCGUUGUCGUCCGCGAGAAGGCGGGGUGGCCAGAAAAGUCAAGGGCUCACGGCGCGGCGGACACUUCGCCCGCUGAAAUUAUUCAUCCUCCAGUGACCCUGAAUGCCGCAGCCCCUGCCAACAACGACGACACUUCCACACGGGGCUGUGGUGACUCACUGUAUCUUCAGUGGCCCCCACCACCAUUUACUCGUGGCCUGCAUCUGCGCCCUCCGCCGCCGAUAGUUGAACUCCUGCUUUCACGAGAAGUUACGAUGAUCGAGGCUGGGAGCGCAGCGGCAACGACGGAGUUUGUUGGGUCCGUCACACUUGACUUGUCGCACUGUUUUGAGGAGGCAAGUGGGACGCAGUUGUACGCACUCCGCCGCACGCCCGCCCCGCAAGACAUAACAGGGGAAGACCGCUUGAUUGGUUUUGUGGAGCUGCACUUUGCUCACAAUUUUGUUCAAAAAGACGUGGGCGUGGAGGCUACCGCCACAGCGGCGCCAGCGAAAACGGUGAUGUGUGACGGAUACUUCGUCAUGACUGUGGUGAAGGCCUGUUACCGGCAACGGGAGCAUCCUCUGCCUUCUUCUCAAACGCAAGACACGGGAGCGUCACGGACGUCUUUUGUCGUGGAAGUGGGCGGGACGUCGUGGCGCACAACUCCGCAAAAGGGCAUGACACCGCAGUUUGACUGUCAAAUGGUGUUUGAGCUUCCACGGCCGUCCAAAUGUGAGGCGGGAAAAGAACCGGACGACGUGCUAAAUGUACAAAUUCAAAUGCUUCCGGAAUCGUUAAUCAGCGACGAUGAUUCCGCCCGGACGGUGAUGACGUGGCCGCCACGGUUUGCUCCUGCCUUUGCCUUUUUGCAGCUGCGGUGCGAAGAUGUCAUCGCUGCUGGUGGGGUCAACACCUAUCGUUGGGUUCCGCUGUACACAUCCGAAGAUCAAGUGUGUGGUAUCCGCAUUUUGGCUGGCGAGGUGCUUGUGCGUUGGGGAUGGUUCCCUCACUUCUCCUGCGCUGGUGUGACGCCUCUAUCGGUCUGCACGGUGCUGCCUCCUGCAGUUCAGCAGGCCGACGAUGUGGCAACGCUGACGUCCGCGAACGGCACGGCGGGGGUUUCCUCCCAGCCACCUCCCCCACCACCCUCGAACUUGUGGGUUCAAGUAUGCGAUUUUGUGGUUCUCGAUGGCUCUUUUCUUGAAACUGCAUCGAAAAGUGAGAGCGGUGAACUUUUCUUUGUGGUCUGCGUCGGCGAGACAUCACCUUUUUUAGAAACACCAUCUUCUUUCUGUUUUCCGCAGCCGCACCACGAUGAGGAUGACCACCAGCAUCAGGAACCGCGACAGUUGGCUGCUUCUGCGGCACGGUACGGGGAUUGCACUGGUGGCGCGGUAUUAGAUACCGAUUUGGGGAGCUGUGUGUGGAUGGAGUACUGUGUGCUCCCUUUGCUCCUUGUUAAGGACUUGAGCUUGCGCUUCUACGUUCGCCGUGGUAGUGGCAACGGCAGUGGCACGCAUGUGGUGGGCAGCGGAUGUUUAACUCAUCAGGAUUCAAUCGGGCGUUGGAAAACUGCAGUGGCCAUCUUUGCUGUCGGGGCCACGCAGCCCUGUGGUGCUCUGACGGUGGCGCUGGCGCAGUCACCUCUUUAUGGGGAGUUGAUGGUCGUCUCCCCCAGUCAGUCACGAGAGUGGAUGUCGCAGUUCCUAAAGAGUGGGGAAGCAAACCAUCCAGAGCCAGAAACGGGCGGUGAAGUGAAGGGCGCGGAAUGUCCCCAACCGCCCUCAGUGAUAGAUGCUCCUGAAUUGGCACUACUGCGCAUCAUUGUGCACACCGUGGAGCUCUACGGCAGGAGCUUACUGCCUUUAGAUAGCAGUUGGGAAUUGAUGCUUCGGAGUGACAUGCCAUGUGCUGCGAGGGACACCUGCCAGUGGACCCGGCUGGAGGCGAAGAAGCCCUUGCGGGGCGGUCCUAGCGAGGAGUGGGUAGGUGCGGUGUGCGCGCAGAGUGGAUCAACGAUGGAGGUUUCUCUCGUGCGUCGCAUUGUGGCGGGAAGCAGAGGGCUGCCGAUAACAGGCCUGCGUGAGGUGCAUGGUCGGUUUGUCGUUUGCUUCGACCCUCACUUGAGUGGGGACUCUGGGCGACACCUUGACGUGGAGUUGCAGCGUAGCGCUCCCUCUGGCCCUUUUAAAGGCAUCCCUGUUCCUGUUGGACGGCUCUGUGUCUCAUGCCACCCGCUCAUGCGCUCCGGCGCGUUGUGUGAUCCCCGCUCCGUGUUCUUCAGGCGCAGGCUUCACCUUGCGGUUUCGGAGUUGCUAGGCGUGGUGUGUGCGGGGCAGCGACGCUUUCCCCGUCCGCGGCGGUCGUUAAAUAGCACAACAGAAGCCAACGAUACGGAGACGACGUGGGUAGCGGGCGGGGCUCACGGUGACGACCACAAGGAGGCGUGCGUGUGCAUGCGGCUGCAGUGCGGAGCAGCAGCGGCGGUGUCCUCGCGCUUUGUCCCGCCGAGGGUGGUGGCUGCGUCGAACAGGCGCAAAACGCAAUUCGAUGGGACACACGACUGCAGUGUGUCGCAGUUUCCCCUGCUGCUGCUGGACUGCGACCCUGAAGACGAUGGGGACGCCGCCGCAGUGCGUCUCUCGCUGCACCUCUGCCCCGCGUCCCCGUUGCCGAAGCGACUGGGUGAGGCUAACGCACUGCCUGGAGGCGUGUUGAUUGGGGAAGCUGUCACACUUGUGCCGUCACCAGACGAGAGUGAAGAUGAGAAUUGGUCAUUGGCCAUCACCGCCGCCGCCACCGGCAGCGGGACGACGGCGAAGGUAACAGAUGGUGCCACCUCGCUCUGGGUGCCCAUUCCAGCCAAGGGCGUGAAGUCAACGCAAACAGCAUAUGCACACCUGCAAUAUGCCUGGCCGUGCGAGGUGGACUUAGGGAGUUGGCUGGCGUGUAUCCGAAUCCGUUCGCUGGGGCGACGACCCACGCUUCACCGCCCGUUUCUUUGCUUCUUUCUGCGGUUUCCGAACGGUGUGGAGCUUCGCCUGCCGCUGGAUCUCUUUGGGACGCUUCCUACCUCACAGCCAUCACGUGCUGAUCAUUCAGCAGUGGUCGCAGCGCCGCUACCAUCCAUUUGGUCCUUUUCUCACAUCCAACUUCCAGUUGUUUGGCCGUUGGGGGCGCAGGUUGAGGCUGUUGAGCUGCACGAUCGUGUGGCGCCGGGGCUGUCAAUUCACGUUGGCACGCACCCGUGGACGUCCAGCGACACCCCGCUGCUGGCACUUCUUCUUGACGACGGCGCCGCACCCGCGCCGUCGUCAGCGGCAUCGCUUCUCUCUUCCUUCUUCACUGCGCGGUGGAUGCGAUUCACGGGCGUGGACACCGGCGCGCAUGGAGGCAAGGACACGAAUGCAGGUGCGCAUGAGAUCCUGCUGGCGCGCUCCGUUCGUCCGCCAGGGGGCGUCGGCGUGACGCGAGAUCUGCGCGUGCCUUUCCGCUGGUGGCCCCUUCAGGCCUCCUUGCGUCUUACCGUCCCUGGCCACGACCUGGUGGCUCUGGGGGCGGGGCGGUUGGCGGUGAGCUGCCGUUUUUGCCUCGGCCGCUGGCAAGCGGCGUCGACAACCACCACAGCCACAGCGGACGGAUGGUUGUGGGAGGGCGAUGACGCUGAGGCGGCGAAUGAGUUCAGGGAGGAUGAGGUGUUUGCCACACACAUUGAGGUGGAGCCGUCCACCGCCACUGUGACGGCGACGUGGGGUACAGCUGCUGCUACUUUCGCGGAUAGUGGUAGGGUGUUUACACGUCAUUUGUCUGUUGAAAGGCUACGCGAGGGGGCGGUGAGGCAUGCCGUUAGUGUGAGCGUCGUUUGCUGCACACGCGGCUCCUCCGCCUCCGUUCCCGAGUCUACAGCUCCCACAGCAGCAGCAGCAGCAGCUGUGGCGAUGACGGGCAUGACUGCCAUUUAUGCAUGCGAGGGCACUUUUGUUAUCGAUGAUAGCUGCACCAGCGUCCGUGGGGAGACGCAGUUGCUGCUACGCGAGGGCGGCGAGGCCCCCGCGCGGAUGUCGGCUGCGUCAAGUGAAGCAGUCAACUCACUCACCAUGGCAUGGGUUAUUGCACACGACCAGCUGACACUGCAUACCCCAGCGCGGGAUGUUUCUCCUGCCACAGCGUUGUGUAAUACCGCGCUAGAGUCCCUUGAGAGGUGUCGCUGGCGACUCCCUCCGGAAGACGACGCACGCCGGCAGCCUGCGAUGCCGUCAUGGCUGGUGACGUCGGUUGACGUGCGAAACCUGCCGGUUGUGUUGCCGUGGACGGCCAACACGACUGUGACGGCUUUUGAUGGCCUUACCGCCACGGGAUGUGUUCCUCCGAAGAUCCCUCUGCUGGCGCAUUUGGCUGUACAGAGGCGUCGCCGCCGCCCUCGCCGGAGGUCACCUGCUUUGUUAAAGGAGGAGCAGGAGGAGGGAGGACCGAAGUUCGGAGCUCGUUUUCCGCUCAUUUCCGUGAAUGCAACUCCCAUCAGCACGCGGCAGCUUCGGCCACUUUACGCCUUGCACAUGGAGCCCAUGUGGUGUGUUGAGCCGCAGGACUGGGUGGACCACCGACGGCCGCUGAAUCUCACGCUAUGGCAGGUGCUCUCGUCUGCCGGGCGGCUCAGCUGCGCGCUGGGCACGAUGCGCCUGGAUGCUGUUCUUAGAGACACCUUUGCCCAACUACCCACUGGAGUUGACAGCAACUUUGCAGGGGAGGUUCGGACGGAGUGGCGGUCGCUUACUCGAAGUGAGCUUCCAGCGCAGGACGUGGGAGGCGUUCGCCUGCAGUGCCUCCCUGUUAUGUAUUCACCGAACGAGGAGGGAGUGAACGUUUGCCAGGUCCCCGUUUGCGUGGAGCUGCUCCAGAUCACCGCCCAUUCCUUUAGGGGCAGCCCUCUCUCCAAGCCUGGAGUUCGGCUGGGGUUGGCGUUUUCUCCCGCUGGUAACACCUGUUUUACGUCCUGCAGCACCACAUAUUUGCUGCCUGGUGGGGUGGUGACACAUGCGGCAGCUGAAAAGGGGUCUGGCGGAGACCAUUUGCCGGAUGGCGCAUCGGACGAUGACAGUCCUCCUCCUGAGGAAGAGGAGGAGGUGAAUCGUGAGAAGAUGAGGCGCCUCCACACUAACUCCACUGACAAUGAUGAUCACGCGGCUGCGCGUGGCGGUGACAGAGUGAGGUCGGAGGAACUGGUGGCGCUCUCGACAUUCCACAGCCUCCUCCUCGAGGGGCGAGAAAUGAAUGCCGGGGCGGAGCAGAGGACGCAGCUUCACGUGGACGUUUUUUUAGUGGAGUGUAGAAGCAAUGACGGGGAUGCACAGGAAGGCGUGCCUAUAUCUCGCGACGACAUCACUCGCGUGUUGGCCGCUGGUAGACUGGAUUUGCGUCCGCUGCCACACUUGCCCACACUGAGCAGCAAUACGAAGGUAACAGAUCCCCAGUCGCCGCAGUCAGCAUCAACGGAGGGGACCGCAGCACCGCCUUUGUACGGCGCCGUCAAUUUCACGCUGAUGCUUUCCUACUCGUCUUCACUCAUUGUCACCGUUCGGUUGCACGCCGUUGUGCUCGCAGCAACACCACAUCCGUUCUAUGAGGGCGACGCUGACAGCAGUGAGGAGGAUGCAGCCGCCCUGUGUGCAUGCGCGCGCUUUUUUUGUGCUGCGUACGGUCAUGGCGAAGACAGUAGCAGCCCUUGCACCGAGGUGGUCGCUUCCGUGGGCGGCAAGGUGUAUAGAGUGGGAAGGCGGGUGUGGGAAUGGGAUGCAUGUGAGCUGCAACGCGUUCGCUCAUCAUGCGCCGUUGCGUUUAGUCUUCCACGGCUGAUGUGCUUUAAAUGGAGAGCGGUGAAGGCGAGAGAGGGGGAAGUACCGCAGCUUCCGCCCUUUAUGUGGCAGCACGAUCCUUGUGUUGGACAAACCGUGUGGGUCUACGACAACCGGUACAUCAUUCUAUACGGCGGUCUCCGCAUGCGCAAACGUGGCGUCACGCCGCGGCCGCCACCUAAAAAAGGCGGUGGACAACGACGGCGACAUCGAAGCUGUCGUGUUGUCGGCGAUGUCCUGCGGCAUCAUCACACACCAGCGAUUGUCCACGACGCAGUCGCCAACGCUCUUCCCUGCUACGACACCAAAGAGCAUGUCUGGGGUGUGGUGGACACCGAUGGAGGCGACGUGGGUGGCAUGGACAUGCGCGGUGAAAAGCCGAUCAUUCAGCACGUGUUUCAUUCCGCCGUGCUCAUGCACGAAAAGGUCUGGUGCUUUGGUGGCUGUCGUCUGACAGCGACAAGGCAUGGCGAUGGGAAUGGGCCAGGUGCUGCGCAGGCCAUGUUUCAAGAGGCACAUGCAUGCCAAGAGCACCUUUCGAACACCUUAACAUGCCUCGACCUUCCGACACGCCAGUGGCGUACAGUGGAACCGGUGGUGCAGAUGGCAAGCCGGGCGAUGCGUCCCGACCAAACUCGCGCCCCGUUUGUUGCUGUGAAGGCACCACUUGUCUCUUCACCGCCUCCUCUGGCGUGCCACACAGCGGUGGGGUGGAGCAAUCAAAUGUUUGUUUUUGGCGGUCUAGAGGAAGUGACAGAGGGAGAUGCAGCUACACUGAAGCCAUCCAAUUCGCUCUACGUGUUUCACACGAUUCAGCUUUCUUGGUGGCUGCUCUCCCCGCCAUCUGCCGCGAGUGCCGAUGAUGGCGGGCGCAGCAAUGGCAAGGAUGACGAGGGGUGGUGUAGAAAUUGGCCCUCCGCGCGAUACGGGCAUGCUGCCGCCAUUGUGCCUGAAAAUCCGCACGGCGCCUUUCUCGUCCUGGGGGGCGCCACACGCCUUGCGGCGAAUGCGAAGAGCAGCAGGGAGACGACGCUCCGUUGUGCGUGGGAUGACCUUUUGUGGGUGUACUACGCAGCACUCGGCUACUGGCAGAGAGUCGAUGUCCCGUCGUGUGUUCCACUCACCCGACGAGUGUUUUCCUCUCUACAGAUUGUGCGGGCAACGGGAAAGCCGUGGGUCUCGUACGUCGCAGUUGUCGCCGGUGGGUACGAUGCUUUGUGUCUGGAGCAGCUGCAGCAUGCAGAGGAGGAGGAAAAUGCCAACACUGACAGCGGUGCGGUGCUUGCCAUCGAUGGUAGGGCUGAUGCCAGUAGAGAGCAGGAUGCUGCAGGCGCCGCGGCACUGUCUGAGACAAUGCAACGUGUGCUUGCCACCAUCCUCGCCUCCCCGCAGUGGGGGACCGCGUGGGUCUCACUGGAGGAGCGGGGUUGUUGGCAUGUGUCGUCACAGAAUCGAAGGUGA